CUGUGGAAAUCCAGUGCCUGGUUUUGGAAUGGCAGCAUGCCCAACCACACACACACACUCUCUCUCUCUCACACACACUCAGGCUGGUCAGUGAGGACAGAGCGCGGAACAAAAUGCUUUUUACUCAGCAACAAGCUCACUGAGGAUCCGACAGACCCUCCAGAGACUCUCCAGGCGGUCAGUCAGUGCACUCCUGCGGACCUGCAGAACCACAUGCCUGUCUGAGACUCUGCGGACUCUUGAGGACUCUGAGGACUUCUGUGUUUAAAGACAGAACAUAGAGUUUUCCUCUCUGCUGGUGCGCACCGGGCAUUUCUCACAGGCUCUGGGUUUUCUUGGUGAUGACCUCACUGCUGAUCCCUGGCCCUGCCCACGCUGCCAUGAAGGACCUCUCCUCCUCCUCUCCUCUCAGCUCCCUGCUCCACUACCCGUCCUCCAAAACUUCAGCCGUGCCGUUCUCCCCGUCCGCCGGCGCCGCCUCUUCACCCGGAUCGUCGCUGUCUUCCGCCAAACCUCAGCCCUUCUGCCUCCAGACGGGGCCUCAUCUCAUCGCAAGCAUGCAGCUGCAGAAGCUGAACUCGCACUACCAGAACCUCGCCGGUGCUUCAGCUGGACACCAAACACCCGGCGGGACUCAGAGGGGCUUCGGAGCUUCGCAGCUGGGCACGGGGAACCAGCUCCUCGGGCCGUCCGGGGCUCUCAGCGGAGGGGGUAUGGGUGUCGGUAUCAGCAUGGGGAACCAAAGCUCCGGUCAAGGUGCUAUCAUCGACUUUGACCCCGUGGACGAGGAGGUUCUCAUGUCGCUGGUGGUGGAGCUCGGGUUGGACCGAGCCAAUGAGCUGCCUGAGCUUUGGCUGGGACAAAAUGAGUUUGACUUCAUGUCGGACGUACCGGCUGGAUGCUGACCUCUGAGGAGAAGUAGAACUUUUUAGAUCUGGGGAAUCAGUUGAUAAAGAGAGACAUUUAUCUCCUUUGAUUUGCUUUUCUCUUUCCCCCUUUUCUCGGUAGAAGCAAAGAGAUAAGAGGGGCAUCCUGGUUUCUGUUUUCUUUCUUACUCUUUAAGGAAAGAUAGACGGAUAAAAGACAAAGAUGAGCUUUUAUUUGAGCUCUGAUUUGUUGUUUCUCUCAAACCACGAGCAGAGUAUGAACAGAAACAAGGAGUCAAACAAGGAGACUGCUCCUCUUGACAUCAAUCAGCCAUCGCUGGUUAAAUGAGAACAGGGGGAUCCACAGAGACAGGUAGCAGCCUCUUGGAAACAGGACCAUAAAGUUGACACCCAUUUUGGACCUCCUUUGAGCCGCUUCCUCUUGAUCUCACAUGAGGAAAAUGAUCAUUGGGGAACGAGACUUUUACGGGAUGUUCAUGAAGGAUGACAAACACUACGUUUCCUGUUUUCUCAAUGGACAAUAUUAGACUCUCGUCUCGUGGGAAAGAGACUCCUGAUCCGUCGCUUUCACAAAGACACUGCUUGUCUGAGAACUGGUUAUCUCAGUGUUCUUCUUUUCCGUUCUGUCUUUGUGUUUGAAUAAAAGUUCAACCAGUGGUUUUGGUAGAACAUGUUAUUUAAGACAGUGGCUGAUAUCCAUCAGGACUUCUGGACAAGGAGCGCUUCUAUCGUCCGUUCCACUUUUCUGAGCGUACUGAAUUAGAUCAAGAGAUGGGGGAUCUUUUGGAGAACGGGACCUGAAUGGAGUAAAAGUGUCUUUCUCUUUUCAUUCUAUGGAAAAACCUCGUUAAAACUGUCAAGGUCAUGUGAGUCACCGCGACAUGUACAUGUUCUCUGGCCAGCAGAGUAAGAAAACCCUGCACCAGAUGGUCAAUUCAAUCUGUUGUCAAUUAUCUGGGGAAGCACUUCCUCUUUCACUGAGGACACGAGGUCUGGUCGACUUCAGUGCACACAUCCUCAAUGGCAGGAACAGAUACAUUUAUGUAACCUCUGCUUUGGGUUUUGAAUAUUUUACCACUUUUUAUCAUCUCCCUUUAUUCCCCUGAUGAUGAAGCGUUGUAUUUGUCCCCAUUAGACCUGGAGGCUUUGUUUAGAUACCUAAAGGGGCGGCCUUGGACCUAAAUACACACUGUGGUUUGGUUUCACUAAUUCAAGAUGUAGGUGCACACCACUUCAGGCACUGGUACCAAAGUAAAUGAUCCAAACUACCUUGCUUGUGUUUGCCGCUAACAUCUCAGCAUCCAAAUCUGCCAGCUUGCGCUCCUCAUUUUUACUGCCGUACUCUCCAAGGAAGACGGUAAAUGUGAUGAGAACAACAUGGCGAGCAGCAGUGCACCUACUGGCAGCCAUAUUGGUAGCCGCCAUGCUCUUUGGCUCUAAUUACAGUUUUUGUUUUACUCCUCUUACUUAGAGUCAAAAAGAGAAGGUUUUUGUCUGGUUUCGCCAAUUCAAGAUGUAGGUGCACACCAGUUCAGGCACUGGUACCAAAGUAAAUCUCCAACUGGCUCCAGUUAAACAGUUCUUGUUUGACUCCUCUGACCUAGAAUCCAAAAGGGAGUGUUUUGGAUGGUUUCGCAUUGGUACCAAAAGUUAAUUAUCAAAACUACCUUGCUUGUGUUUGCAGCUAACAUGUCAGCAUCCAUAUCUGCUAGCUUGCGCUCCUCAUUUUUACUGCCGUACUCUCUGAGGAAGACUGUAAAUGUGGUGUGAACAACUUGGCGAGCAGCAGUGCACUUACUGGCAGCCAUAUUGGUAGCCGCCAUGCUCUUUGUCUCCAGUUAAAUAGUUUUUGUGGAGCAGAAUCAAAAAGGGGGUGUUAUGGUUUGCUUCGGCCACUUUCUUGCUAGCUAGCCAGCAUUUAAUAUCUCAAAUAAAAUUUGAUUCUGGCUGAAAAAACUCCUCAAAAUGAGUCUUAGCAUUACUUGAAACUAACAACACACCAUCUAAAAGUAACUUCACAACAGAGCAGCAACUCCUGCGGCCACUUUCAGCUUUUCCUGGACUUUCACGCCACUUCAUACGCUGACACAUCUCUCACUGUGUUGUUAAUGUUAAUUGCUAGCUAACAAGCUAGGUAGCAUCACUUUUAACUAACCUAUCUGCUGUAACUUGUGGAAACUUGUGCUCUUCAUGCUGUGCUGGUCAUUAAAUAUCACAUUAAUUUGAAUUUAGCACUUUGAAAUAGCCGUUUGGUUACUCAAGCGCCACUUUUAGCUUAAUCUGGAGCGUUUGGCGGUGUCAGAUACUUGAAAUUUUAUGCUAACUGAGCAGACUCCCAUUCCCUGCUGAUGGUUAUGUAACAUAAGGUGCUUAUAUCAACCACAAAACACUCUUGUACCUUGGCUAUGUGAUAACUGAUCAUUUACAUCCCUACAGUUGCAACCAGAUCUUAUCCUCCUCAUUUGCAUAUUCUUAAUUGGACCCCUGUUACACAGCCAGAUGCUUAUCUGAGGAUUUUGAAUCCCACCCUCUUUAAUCGUGACAGAAGUAUGAGUUGUUUUGGUGAGUCCAAAGAGCAGGUGUUACUUCUUCAGACUUAAGUUGCUGAAAAAUGUCCCAGGGAGCAAACUGAUACCCAACUCCUCACCUAUAGAGGCUGCUAGAUAAAUGCAUGGGGGCUGUGGCCUGUAUCUGUUGUGGUAAAAGGAGACAAGAGGGGGUGGGGGGUCUGGAUCUUGCAGCAGCAACAAAGGCCUUCCACCUGAACCCUGGUGUGUCUGUCACCUGGGCUUUGUGGGUCUUUUUUUAGACCACACACCUGCACGUAUACGUACAUGUACACAAAGAUCUACAGAAACUCUCCUGUAUGUGUUUCACAGCCAUAGAAACCAAGCUACAGCUUCAUGUAGGUGUACAAAGGCAUGGGAAUAAACCCAUCACACACAAAGACACACUCGAACAGGAGGAUGGUGUUACAGCGGGGAAAUGGGAGUAGCAGCCGUGAAACAGGCGCUUGUUCGGGUAACGGAGACUUCGUGGAGAGUUAGGGUUGAGAGUGUGUGAAAAGAGAAGGUGGUAUAGGUGCUGUGUAACUCAAAUACUGAGAUCAAAACAGCUUAUGGUAAAGCCCUCGAGUUCUUAACCCUCACUGAUUUAAACAUGGCGGACAUGAGAUAGAACAUUUGAGCUUUUUCAACACAAAUCUCCAACUCUAAGUAUCCCAAAUUAUUCUGGUGGCACCUUCAUUCAAAAAGACAAAGAUGUAAAAAGACCUUUAUAUAAAGUGACAGCAAAAUCUGUUAACAUGGGGUCCAUUCAGCUCUAAUAAGUUACCCAGCUACUAGCUUAAAAUACAAACACUGAGGCAAAGAAAAACUUGAUUAAAAGAUAAUCUUAUUGAUUUAAAUUGAUUUAUGUUUACAGUUUUGAAAAAAUAGUCCCAGUGAUUCGACUGCAAUGUUAUCAUUCCAUGGCGAUGGAUUCUUAUCUGCCUGUUGUGGUGGAUUGAACCUGAACCUGUCCUCAUUCAGCUCUCCUCCUUCUCUGAGCUCUGCGGCUCACACACCUUUAAAAAAUAAACAAAUGUCACAACUUUGAACCCUGCUGCUAUCAUCACCACCGCUCAUGGUUAAAGUUUCUUUGUAGAGAUUAGUAACCUAAAGUUUCUCUCACCUGCUCCGCUCCUUCAUCAUAUUGAUGGACAGGAUCCAAUAUGAAAAUGUCCAUAGUCUGCUGAUUUAGCAUGCUAACUGAAGCUAACGUUUCAGCCGCAUUGUUUUGAUGCUAACGCAAGCUAACGGUUUUACCUCAUCUUACGGUUUGUGGUGUCAACAAGCAGAAGUGUCAACAAGCAGAAGCAAAAUGUGUCUGAACUCUGUUCAGUUUGCCUCUGGCGUUCCUCAUAUUAGUGAAAGUUAAUAACCGUUGUCAAAGGGUUUUAACCAAUCAGUGUGAAGCAUCUUACACAACCGGAAGAUCAGUAAGAAAGCCGGGUCAUAAGUAAGAAUGUAGAUCACAUGCAACCAUAGACUGUAUAAAUAAUGGAGGUAGUAUCCGUGACAGCACCUGUCUGUUUCUGAAGCGCUGUUUUGAAGCCAGUCGGCGGUGGCAGCCAUAUUGGAUAUUCUGAUGUCAACCUAACUUCUGUUGAGGUAAAGAGGCGGGCUUUGAGCCUCCUCGCCAACAGCUACUCUUCCUGCCUGUCAAUCAAGUCAGCUGUGCCUCUCGUAAUGCAAAACUCGUAAUCUUAAUACCUUCGAAGUUGCUACAUUAGAAAAAAAUUCACUCCCAAUCAAGAAAUGAGCUAUCCAGACUACAUUUGUUUUUUGAACCAGGCUGUAAACAUGUUUAUUUCUGCUGUAAAGAUCUUCUCUUUUGAAUGGGUGUGUAUGUGGUUUCCGGUACUUCCGGAGCCAGCCUCAAGUGGUCACUCGAGGAACUGCAGUUUUCAACACUUCAGCAUUGGCUCCAAUUCUGCCGCUUAGAUGCAACCCUCUAAAACCCUGACACAAUGACAGUUUGUUUUUAACAUUGAACAAUGGCAUUGAUUCACUGCUCGUGUUUGAACAUCCCAAACAAACACACAUUAUCCUGCAGUCAAAUGUUUGCUUUGCUCUGCCCACAGCUUAAUUGUGUGUGAAGGUAAACACUGAGCAGCAGGUUGUUUUUCCCAAUGAAGACCUUUGCCGGGCCACGCUAAUUUAUUUAGACAAAGACAGGUCGGCUUACACACGACAGAUAUUUUCCUACAGUCACUGCGGAGUCCGGAUCAAUCUACCUUUCCUCUCUUUGAUAAAAGGAGAGAAUCAGGGAUUAAUGAAGACCUGAUGAAGGAGUCCUCUUCUAAAGAGGAUCUGUCAGAUAUUUCCCACCCUCUUAAUAACCACUUUAUCCUACACGAGGAGCAAAAGAGGGGGAAAGAUGCUUCUCCAAAUCCAGCAGACAGACUCUGAUUCUUCUCUUCCUCCGUCUCUCUUUUUAAGUGGGUCAGAAUAACAUACUCCACUUGAGGACAGUCUGGUGUUUGUUUCCAUCUGCUCAGCAUUGUUACAGAGUCCUUCUCUAGUGUGUGUGUGUGUGUGUGUUAUUCCAAGGUAAUCCCAGCUGAUUGAAUGUUAUUUCUCGCGGUGUGAGAAGUUGCCUGGUGGAGUUGUUUGAAUCAUUGGAGGGCUUUCAUUUCCUCUUCUGCUUGACGCUGCGUAUUGCAGAUUAACCCCGGGGAGCGGAGACCUUUUGAACUGGAAUAUACCUCACAGCUAUCAGGUUUCUAAAGACGACAACUUAGACGUGUACAAAAGGUCCUCUUUGGGGUUUUGGUUUGCUUUGAAUACCAAGGAUGUAUUAUUUUACAUCUAGAUAAUGCACUAAAUGUUGAGGUUAUCGCAGUAUGCCAUUUGAAAUUAGGAUAUAACUGUCUAAAAGCUGAAGUGAACUGCAAAGAAGGAGUUUGAAAGUCGCCUGUGGACUCAUUUUUUGCUAGUUGUUCAAAGUUAUAUUCAUUUAUCCCAGGGUUGCCAACUUUGAGUGUCUUGCUGGAGAGAGAUUUUUAGGGGAAGGGGCGAGGGCACUAGAGGAGCACUUCCUUUCCCUGAUACUCAAAGUUUAGGGUUAAUUUAAACAUAUUGAUGCAGAGGUAACAAAAGGGGGGUCUGGGAAUCCUCCCCCAGGACAUUUUGAGCAUCUAACACUUGAUUCCCUGCAUUCUGGUGACCAUUUGUCCUAAAAUUCAAUCAUGUAAAAGGAAAACACAAAAUUAUUGAUUCAUAAAUAACAAAAAAAAUAAUUAAAUUCCCUGAAAAAAGCUUUCAUUCUCAUAUAAUCUGAUCUGUUAUUUUUCAUGAAGUAGAUACAUUUAAUUCAGAAGUUAAAAAUAGCUGAUGUGGGCCUAGCGGUCUAAGCGCCCCACGUAUCGAGGCUAUAGUCUUCCCUCACUCUCUACUCCCCACAUUUCCUGUCUCGCUUCAGCUGUCCUGCCAAUAAAGGCGAAAAAGCCCCCAAAAAUAACUGAUCACACACUUAAAGCAACAAACACUUGUUGGGGUGUUAAACUGAACUCCCAAACAUCCAGCAGUCAGGGGCCCCAAUCAGUCAGGAAAGGGUUAACAGCGAUAGCUUAGCUAAAUUAAAGGAUGCUUUGCAACAUUUUCGUUUUCUCUACAGUCAUCCCUCUAACACAAACUCAUGAUGUUGUCCGACCUAAGACCACAAUUUGGCACAAUAGGUUUGAGGAUUCCCUGAUUUAAUUAUCCUGAUACAAAAGGUGUAUUAAUACCUUUAAGUACUGGGAAUGUUGGCUGAACUUAAAGGUGCAGUGUGUGGAAAUGGGAAUAUUAGCGCCAUCUAGCGAUUCGAUUCUCAAAUUAACCCGUCCGUUCCAAACCUUUCACAUCCCUAUGCGACGGUGGUCAUGGAGGACAGGAAGCUCUCCUGAAAAUGCCAAUUAGUUAUCUGAAGAUGUGUCUCGUUAUCGUCAGACAAAGACUAAAAGACAUUGAUCUACGCUAUACGCCGUUGAUGUAACUGUGAAACAACAUUUCUCUCAAAUAACAAAACAAUUUCAAUCAAAUACGUAUGUCCGUUCUGAGCUUCUGUAGAAACAUACUUAUAAAUAUUACAUCCCAUUUCCUCCAAAUCUGUUCUCCUAAAUGUUGCUAACUUCUACGCACUGCACCUUUAAUGCAAAAUCACAAGCCCCCCAAACAGCAAUGUCGAUUAGGAUUAAACAUCUGGCAUAUAAGAAAUAUGAAAUAACCAAAAUAAUAUCAUCAAGAGUUACAUUUAAGGGCUUCUGUUUGAUUAGCUUAAGCUACCUGUCCAGUCUAAUGGUCGUUGUGUUCAAGAGUUAGCUAAGUAAGCUAGUUACGGCUUGCUAGCUUAGUCUGGGAAUGAUGCAAAGAGAGACCCAGCUAAGUUUUAAAAGAUUCCUCCUCACAGUCUUUAUCAAACACACAAGUUGUGUUGUGGACUUGUUUUCUGUGUGUUUACCUUUCAUUAGCUACUCCAGUUCGCCAUUUACCAAACUUCCUAAGCCGUCCGUAUCGAGAUGAACCUCUGUGUGUGUGUUUAGAGUGUUUAAACACUGGGAUGAGUUUUCCUCCUGAGCUCUCUGUCAGUGUAAGCUUUCAGGACCCCGACAACGACCCGUCUGGAUUUACAGUUUCAUUGUGACAGCGGUGAUUUGUUACACACCCGACCGUCUGCCUGUGGGCCUCCGGGUCAUGACAAAUGUUCAACACAUCACGGCCUGCAAAAACCUUCAACACCAGCAGUGAUGUAUCUGUUCCAGGGUUUCCUCCUCUGCAACAGAAUGAAGAUGUUCAGCCACUGCUCUGCUGCCUGGUCUACUUGUUCAAGUUGACUCUGCACUGAUUUAUUCCUUUUUUCCUUUUCAUUGUAUUUACUUCAAAACUCCAGAUUAUUUCCUCACUUUGUCUUUUAUUUUGACCUUUUUUGUACAUGCAGUUUAUCUGAUGAUGGAAUGAAUAUUAUUCAAAGAUGAUUUUAAAGCACUUUUGCUCACCGGCUCUCACUUGUACAUCUUUAUGAAAAUGUAAAUGACUGAGUUAUAUUGAAAGAGGCUUGUAUUUUUGUUACGGCUCCGAGUUGGAGGAGAAAUAAAGAAAGAGAAAACUCAA